GCUGCUCAUCUCAAUUAAAAACAAUUUUUUUUCAUGAAGCUAAAAUUAAAACUUUAAAAUAUUGUUGCUAAGAAUAGCAUGAAUAUUAAGCGUUGCAUUGCUUGGAAAAUUGUCAACAUGAGAAAUAUUUAAAGCGAUAAGAAAACAAAAUAAGUACAUCGAGCAGUGAAUUGAUUUUGGACGUUCGAACAAGUGACUUUCCAUGGAAGAUGCUCUCAAAUCAUCUUCUUCUAUUCGUGCUCCUUGUGUGCUCGUUGAAACCUGUUGUCACACUUGAAGAAGAUUGUGUUGAUUAUUUUGGAAACAUGGUGUCACAUGGCAACCUUUAUAUUCCUGGACCUAGUCUAUGCUCGUCAUGUGUCUGUUAUCAUUCAAAAUCACUUUGGUGUCGCAGUAUUUUUUGUGAGCCUCCCUAUUAUUGCAAAAAAUUCCGAAUCGGAGAGAGAUGCUGCGAAUAUGAAUGUCUUGAUUCCAAAGAAGAAAUAGCCGCUGAAAAAGAAAGACUUAGAAAACGCCGAAGAUUCCUUGGAAUAUACUUUGAAGCUAGUGAUGAUGCCGCAUUAGCCAAACCACACAUGACUCAUCUAUUAAUUAGCAUGGCAAUUGUAUUAAAAGCAAUUUAAAAUGAAACUUUAUAAGCAAUUAUGUCGUGUUGUAAAAGAAUUCUACAUAUUAAUUAUUGUUGUAAUAAAGCAAUGUUAA